UACAGCUAACAUCCCCUGUGAAAAGACUUCAUAUGAUGAAUGAAAAUGAAUGCGGCGGGAUAUAAAAUUAUUUCGGGGCAAAUGAAGUAGCACGUCAGAAUAGAAAUACGUCUCAAGUGAGAUGAGUUGUGCAGCUCACAUCGCAAAGUGACUUGGUAAACCCUGUAUCAAGAGAUUAUAUCAAAAACUGGUUAAAAGAUAUCUAUUAACAGUUUUCUGUUCCUGAGAUUCCCCACAUUUCCGUUUCCGAUAUUAGAUUUUUGGCAACCAGUUUCUAAUCGAGCUUUGCAGCUAAAAAGUUGGAUCCAACGUGCGUUAUCAUUCGUGCCCAAACCGUCGAGUUGUGAAGAUGUUUGAUCCUCUAAUGUUACGCGUUGUGCUUGUGGUUUUAACUUUAACUUUAUCACGUGCUUUCGCAAAAGAUGUUUUACCAAACCAGAGAACAUCACUGCAUGAAUGCAACGAACGAUUAUCUACAAAAUAUACUGCGUCUGAGUUAUUUCUUACUUCUGCAUUCGAAUUUCCACAUGCAGCUGUCAUUUUAUUGGAGAAAGCUAAAUUGAUAACAUGUAUGGGAUCAUUGACAUCGGAAAAUGUGAUUUUAGGUGCUGGCUACUGCAUCCGGAAGCGAAGGUAUUAUUAUGGAAUCACAAAAUGGUUCACCGCUAAUGUAAAUUUUGGACUAUGGCAUGUUUCACGUACAGUGAAAAUACUGCACGCUUUCUAG